AAGCAGACACUGAAUCUGUAGACACUUCAGCUGAGAGAGACAAACUGCUGGAUCAGGGCUGCCCUUUGACCCCAGUUCUCAUUACACUGGCUCUGAAAUGCUUUGCUUCCGCAUUAGCUGGGAGUUUAAAACAGAAACAUAUUCUCGUUUUUAAACAAAGUGUUAUUCUUUGCAUCCAACCUGAGGACCUUCAGGAAGUAAUAGCUGCAGUGAGGAACACAGAUAAUGAAAUGUAUUACAUUAAGGAAUUAUCCAAAGGAAAUGCUGAUGAUAAAAAAUUAAAGUGUUUGGGAAAUGAGUCUAAUGAUGAGGACUGGAAUAAAAGGGAGGAGGAAACACUUGCACACAACACAGAAGAGGAAUCAGAAGCCAGUUGGUCUAAACCGGACAAAAGCAAUACAGAGAGGAGAGUGUGUGAAGAGCGGGAUUUUUGGUCUAUUAUAAAUGAGAAAAAAGACAUUUUGAUGGAGGGUGAUGGAAGACAGAUCAUGUAUGCGGUUGUUACCUUGCAAGACUCAGAUGAGGUGAUGGUGGUCGCAUCAAACUGGUUGACCCCUGACAAGAAACAAAGUUACUGGCCCCCAUUCAAAUCAACGGAGAAGUGCAUGGAAGCUGUUAAGAACAGACUUGAACCUGAAACAGGAGGAAAAACAUGGGAGAAAAUAAAUAUUAGCUUUCACAAAGAUUAUGGGUUUUUUGAUGAGGCAACAGAGGGGCAAAAAGAAAUUAUAGAACUGAAAGAACAAUAUAAUCUAUUAGCUACUGGAUUCCCUGGCAUACUAAGACAAAGCACUCAAGACAUGUCAAAAAACCCAGUUCUUCCAACACCAUCUACAUCCAGAAGGCCAGCUGAUGGCAAGAAUGAUCUCCUCCAAAUGCUGAAAGACAUCAAGAGCACAGUUCAGGAAAACUCUUCUAUGUUAAAGAAACUACUGAAAGACAAUCCGUCUUCUGAAGCCCCCAGCAGUACCAGUUUACCCACUAGAGAUGUUAAAACAAGCCUUAAUCUGCCUCUAAGAACCAUUGAAGAUGUGCUCAGGACUGAAAGGGAGCUCAGUAAUACAGCGAAACGCCACAAAUAUGUACAAUAUCUGUCAAGGCUUGGAGGUUUUGGGCCAGAGGAUGUGAUUAAGAAUAUUAUGCAGCGCGUCCUAACAGAUGAUCUGGCUAAGGAGUUCAACUGGCAGGGGAGAGGAGAUAAAAAGCCCUUCUCUAAGCUUAUUUUAGCAGAUGUAAUCAAAGAAGCUGCAUCAAAACAAAGUGUAAUGAGGGCAGACUGUGAAACUGAAAUAAAAAAAUAUCUCUGGACCGGAAUUGAUCGAAAGAGAGUUUGUGGAGGUACUAAAAGAAAGCUUGAUCAAGAAUCGUCUGACUCUGACUCCAGCAUAGAGUCACCGCUGACAGAUAUGGAGAUCAUGUUGAAGGCAAAGCCAGUCAUGAAAAGAGUCACUGAUAACUUGGUCCACACAGUCAUUAUGCACAAAGACAUCAUGUCAAAGAUAAAUAAAAUGAAUAAUGUCAGCAAAAAGGCAACCAUUGGGAUUUUUGGAAAAUCAGGAGAAGGGAAGAGCUCCCUAUUAAGUGCAGUCCUGGGGACAAGGUAUCUACUGCCAUCUGGUUGUUUUGGUGCCUGUACAGCCGUUGUUACUCAGGUGGAAGCCAAUCUGACUGACUCCAACUACACAGCAGAAAUUGAACUCUUCUCUAAUGAGGAGUGGGAGAAAGAGCUCAGAGAUCUUUUCAGAGUUUUGUCAGAUGAAAGUGAGGACAGGGAUGAUGACAUGUUGGAAAUUGCUGUAGAAAAGAUCACUGCGCUGUAUGGAGAUGAUGCAGACAAGAAAACAUUAGAAAAGCUCAAGAACGAUGACAAAUUUUCUGAGAUUAAAGACUUUUUGUCUAUUAAUAAGAGAACCAUCUCAAACAACGAUGUCUCUAAAUUUUCCAGUGAUGUUGCGCCUUACAUUCUCCACAGUGAAGCCAGUACUGGUGGCUGGUACUGGCCGCUUGUGAAGAGUGUGACCUUUAAGGUUCCAGAUGGUCAUGACCUUCUGGAACACAUUGUGCUUGUUGAUAUUCCUGGCACUGGAGACUGCAACAAGUUAAGAGAUGACAAGUGGAAAUCUAAACUGAGAGAAUGCUCUUUUGUGUGGAUUGUAAGUGAUAUCAAGCGAGCAACCACCGACAAAGACCCCUGGGGGAUUUUAAAGCACUGCAUUGAAGAACUGGGACCAGGAGGAGAAUGCAAAAGAAUCAACUUCAUCUGUACAAAAACGGAUGAUAUCAAUCCACCAGCCUAUAUAAGAUCUGCACGGCUUACUAUAUCAGAAGACAAGGAUCAGAAAAAGGUGUGCAUACUUCAUAGAAAUGAACAUGCCAAGACAAGAGUCAAAGACAAGUUUGAAAAUUCUGAAAUCAAGAAAAGAUUCAGCACUGAUGAUAAUUUGCUUAAUGUCUUCACCGUAAGCUCCAAAGCCUUCUUCGAACAUGAUUUAAAUAUGGAACCUAGUGAAACAGAAAUCCCAAAGUUACGGGAUGAUCUGAGGAUUCUUAACAAGAACAUUAACAGAGAGCUGACCAGUGAUUAUGUCAAUGAAGCAAGGGGAGUUUUGUCCUUGAUCCAAAGUGUCCAGCUGGAUAGAGACAAGAAAACGGAGGAGACAAAAGUCAAAGUCUGCAUGGAAUUAGAAAAUAACCUAAAGAAGGCACUGAAUGAACUGGACAGUCGUUUUGACACCAUUUAUACUAAUCUGGAGAAGUUUCUCUCAAGGGGAGUGGAGGAAUCAGUGCAAUUAUGUGUUGCUUCCACAAAAGCAAUUGUAGCCCCUGAUAUUGAUAAAAGAGGAUUCCAUAAAAUCCUUCAAGCUUUGUGCAAGAACGGUGGAUGCUACUGGUCAAAAAAUUGGGACGUAAUCAUAGAUCUGAACAGGCAAUUGGCAAAACACUUGCAAGAAUAUAUUAAUGAAUAUUUCAAUCUGAUUUUCCCUGUUACUGGAACAACAUUGAAGUCAGUGCAAGAACAGAUUGACAAGUUCAGUAUCAUCCAGAGUGACCCUGGAUCUCCCAUAUUACAUCACAUUCAGAACUUCAUCAAAACAGAGGAAACUAAACUGAAGGCAUCACUCAAAAGAGAGGUUGUUGAUAGAAAGAAGGACAUCUACUCAUCAAUCCAAACAACCAUUGAGAAGCAAAUGUCUCCUUACUAUGAACAAGCUGCAGCAGUGACUGGAAUCGGAUCCAUGAAGAAAAGGCAGGAACUGCUCAUAACCGCAGUCGAUGAGAUAAAACAUGACAUGUUCAACAAGGCAAAAUUUGAAAUGCUUAAAAAUUUCAACAAUUUAAAGCUGCAGAUAAAGGAUUUUCUUGAAUCAAGACUAAAGAGAUCAUUGCAACUCUCACUGUCAAAAAUCAGCAAUGUCAAAAUGAUGGAUGUCUCAAGAGAGAUCGAACAGCUGGAGAGACUUGCAGAGCAACUGUCAAACUGAGGUCAUCAAGCAACAAAAAGCCCAAAAUAUGAAGAACUAACAGAUGAACUAACAUGAAUUUCAGUAAAUGUUUUAAAUAGUUUUACAUUAUAUAGAUCUUCUUCCUUUACUCACAUUGGUAUUUGUAGUGGUUUUAAAAUUAUUUACUUUCAUCAAAUUUGUCUGAACAUUGUGUUUUAUUUUAGAUGAAAACUGCAUGAUGCACAAACUGUGUGUUGAUUUAUUGCCCUUUUUUAUUACCACUUUUUAUCGUUACAGCAAUAAAUGGAAAUGCCAUU